UAUGAGCGUUUUGCAGGCAUGUAUAUCUGGUGCACGAGGAGGUCUGAAGAGGGUUUUGGGUCCCCUGGAAUUGAGUCACAGAAGGUUGCAAGCCACUAUGUGGGUGCUGUAAACCGAACCCUGACCCACUGGAAGAGCAGCCAGCGUUCUUAACUGCAGACUGGCCUCCGUGUCGCCAUAUAGCCAGAGACCUUGAAAUGCUGGUCUCCAGGUCUCCACUUCCCAAGCACUGGGGUGACAGGCACAUGUGACAGCAGGGACUCCGGAGCUAAGCGGAGCUAAGGAGGCCCAGGUCAAGCCCAGGGCGGGGGCGGAGCUCAGCGAGCAGCUGGGCAGGGCGGACGGUAGUGGGCGGGGCCUGGCGAUCCGGGUCCCGCAGGCGCGCUGACUGCGCUGCCAGGCUGCCUGUCGUCAUGGUAGGGCCCUGGGUGUAUCUGGCGGCGGCGGUUUUGCUCAUCGGUCUGAUCUUCUUCCUGACUCGUAGCCGGGGUCGUGCGGCAGCAGCUGAUGGAGAAUCACUGCACAAUGAGGAAGAGAGGGCAGGAGCAGGCCAGGUAGCCCGGUCAUGGCCCCAGGAGUCCGAAGAGCAGAGAACUGGAAGCAGGCCCCGGCGUCGGAGGGACUUGGGCAGCCGUCUACAGGCCCAGCGUCGAGCCCAACGAGUGGCCUGGGAAGAAGUGGAUGAGAACGAGGGUGAAACUGUUGUUCCAGCCCAGGAGGAAGAAGGCGUUGAGAAGCCAGCAGAAGUUCAUCCAACAGGGAAAAUUGGAGCCAAGAAGCUACGAAAGCUAGAAGAAAAACAGGCUCGAAAGGCUCAGCGCGAGGCGGAGGAGGCUGAACGUGAAGAACGGAGACGCCUAGAGUCCCAACGUGAGGCCGAAUGGAAGAAGGAAGAGGAGCGGCUUCGCCUGAAGGAAGAACAGAAGGAAGAGGAAGAGAGAAAGGCCCGAGAGGAGCAGGCCCGGCGGGAGCACGAGGAGUACUUGAAACUGAAGGAGGCUUUCGUGGUAGAAGAAGAAGGUGUUAGUGAAACCAUGACCGAGGAGCAGUCUCACAGCUUCCUGACAGAAUUCAUCAAUUACAUUAAGCAGUCCAAAGUUGUGCUUUUGGAAGAUCUGGCUUUCCAGAUGGGCCUAAGGACUCAGGAUGCCAUAAACCGCAUCCAGGACCUGCUAACGGAGGGGACUCUAACAGGUGUGAUUGACGACCGGGGCAAGUUCAUCUACAUAACCCCAGAGGAACUGGCUGCCGUGGCCAAUUUCAUCCGACAGCGGGGCCGAGUGUCCAUCACUGAGCUUGCCCAGGCCAGCAACUCCCUCAUCUCCUGGGGCCAGGACCUCCCUGCCCAGGCUUCAGUCUGACUCCACUCCUUCCUUGAGUGUAUCAUGUGGCCUACAUGUGUUUUCAUCCUUCCCUACCAUCUUGGGGCAGGGAUGAAUAUGACCAGAAAGUUGUGGAUUAAAGACCUGUGACUACUACUGAGCUUCUUGUGUGUAUAAGGCCUGACCUGAGGUCUCAAACAAACAAAUAAAAUCUACCUCAGGGUUUA